AUGAAACACGGCAGAUAUUCUGCGCGGGACUGUCAAAGGCGAUUUCCUGAUGGGUUCUAUGUGGGCACGGAUAUUGGAGUCGAGCUGGUCAUUGGAGUUAAAUUUAUCAGAGAUAUUUGCAAUGACAAGCGAUUCAGUCUUUGGGGCCUAGUCAACAAGAAAUGGUUUGGGAAUCUCUCGGGAUUCGACGUGUCCAGCGAUGAGCCGACCGCUGUUACUAUUUUUCGGGAUACCAUCAGAAUAAAACUGAAGCAGCAUAUAGAGCACACCAUGGUGCCUAUUUCUGAAGAAGCCAGCGCUGAGCUCCAGAAUGUCUUUUCUGAAAGUGAAGAUUGGCAUAGCAUCGAGGUAUAUUCCAGCAUGCUGGAUAUUGUAUCACAAGAAUCGGCUCGCGUUUUUCUCUCAAACGAACUUCGGCAGGAUCCUAACUGGCGUCGAAUUACUCGAAACCACGUCUCUGAUCUCUUUGUCGCGUCGGAUUUCUUGCGUCAGUGGCCGCGCUUUUUAUGCCCACUGGUGGCAUGGAUUUCGCCUACAUGCCGCAGAAUGAGAUCAGACCUCCAAAAGGCACGCGAUCUGAUCAACCCAAUUCUUGAAGACCGUAAAGCGCGGAGAGCAACCCAACUUGAUACAUCCUUACCAGCUAGUGAUGAUGCGAUUGACUGGUUUGAAGAGGGCUCCCAGGGACGACCCUAUGACCCCGCAGAGCUACAACUUCGAUUAUCUAUUGCUUCGCUACAUACAACUACCGAUUGUCUUACUCAACUUCUCUGCGAUUUGGCAAAACUACCCGAUGUGGUUAGUGAGUUGCGCAAAGAGAUUGUGUCUGUUAUGAAAAAUCAGUCAUGGAGUACCGCGACUCUUUACAAUCUGAAGCUACUUGAUAGUGCGAUCAAGGAGAGUCAGCGGAUGAAGCCAAUGUCGUUCACCACGGUCUCGCGGAUGGCCGAGGACACGGUCAAAUUGCCCAAUGGCGUGGUGAUAAGAAAAGGGGAGAUUGUCAAUUUUACUGCUUCAAACCAGAUGUGGGAUGAUGAUAUUUACCCUAACGCAAAUCGGUACGACGCAUUUCGCUUCGCCAAAUUGCGAGAAGAUACUGGUCAGAAUAUGUUUCAACUGGUCUCCAGUAGUUCCGAUCAUAUUGGAUUUGGAUACGGAAGAAAUGCAUGCCCUGGAAGGUUUUUUGCCUCUGCAUCAAUGAAGAUUACUCUGUGUCAUAUCCUAUUGAAGUACGAUUUCAAGUUCGCAGAAGGGACAAGCUCAAAGGUUGAGUGGCAUGGGACGGCCCUGGCUACCAAUAAAGAUGCCAGGCUUUCUGUCCGAAGACGACAAGAGGAGAUAGUCUUACCAUGA